UUAAUUAAGCCAAUUCUGUAGAGAAUGGUUAAAUUUUUGAAGUACCUGAAAUGCCUAUACUUUAUUAAAGCUCCAUAAAUCUAUAAAUACUGUAUGAAGGAUAUGAUGGUAAUCUUGACAAUAAAAUAAAGGGGUAAGGAUUCUGCUGCGGCAGAGAAGAGAAGGGAAAAAAAAAAUUCCCAACAAAUUCUGCGGCAAAAGAGAGGGGGGAGAGAGAGAGAGAACAAAGACGCAGUCGCGCACGAUCUCCAGACUAGAGAAGAACUGCCGGGCCACGAUCUCAACACAGAUCGAUGCACAAGACGACGUGGGAGAAAAUCGGUGUACAAAUGGAUGCAUCAGGACUCAUCCCUCUUCCAACUUACAGUUCAUACGAAAAUAAGAUACACAGAAAGAAAGAAGAGCAGAGCACAAUCAAACCCAGGAGGAGGAGAAAGAGAAAGAAACAAAUCGGGUGACGGUUUGCAGACUUGCUAAUUGCCAUUGGGUCAUUUCAGAUUUUGGGUUUUGUUUUGCUCAAGUAGAAGACGAAUCCACUAUUGCAGACUUGAUAAUUCCCAUUGGAUAUCAAAGAAGUUAUGGUUCCAGGUAAUCUAAUCCCUCUGUUCUUCUCGAUUGAACUCAUUUGGUUUCCCAAUUGCAUAGUUCUUUUUAUUUUUAAUUUAAUUCUCUUUUUUCAUGUCGAGGGGAUAAUGUAUGCAUAAUCUUUUUGUUCAUUAGAUUGUUUUUUGCAGAAAGAAUUUUUAUUCUUCUUCUUUGUUUACUUUGAUUGGGGUUAGUAAUUGAUGAUACUAUGACUGUGUGCGAUGAUUUUAGCAUUUUUUUCUGGGUCUUCUUUUUAUUUGUUCCUGAACAGGGUAGUCGUCUAAAAUCCUAUCCAGGAAGAAAACAAGGAAAGGGCAGUGGCUAUCUAAAGUUGGGAUUCCAUGGUGUAUCUGCUAAGAGCUUCCAGCAAAAUUGGUUAGGUUCUUCAUUUUUUGUGUUAGAUAUGAAUUAGGACUGCAACUAAUAAUUGUGUUUGAAUAUAUUAUUCGUAGAUGUCGAUGUUGGUCUUCCUUUCAAUUUGUUUACUGUUUUGGUAGUGAUUCUGAUGUUCCUUUGGCUUUCCCAUUCAUAUUUUUACGUUUACACAUUCAUGUCAUAUUGAUGUUGCUGAUUUUUCCUCUUGGUUAGAGAUAGAUCUCACUAAAGUUCUUGAUUGGCCCUUUUUUCAUUUUGAUUUGUUUCUACCUCCUCAUGGUCUGGUAACAAUUCUCUCCCUGGAUUUAUGUUUUACAGAUUAUUAGAUUGAGGUUUGUUAUUUUCCUUCCCUCAGUUCUUCCAUUUAGAUUGUGAUCUUAUCUCCAUCUAAGCAUUUUGAGAUUUAUUAUUUUGGGUGUUCUUAUUACUGUUAUAUGAAUUGAGGUUCUGAUAACUUUUAUUUAGUGCAGCUUUGAGGUUUUCUUUGUUUGCUCUCUUUAAGGUCAUAAAAGCCUCUAUUUUUUUUCCUUUGUAUUUGUUUACAGAUACUUAGACAUAAGGUCUACAGAGAGACUAUGAGGUUAAGGAAAAUAAUCUCAGUGGUCAAGGAAAACAAUCACAUUAUUUGGGUUCGCAUUAUCAAGAUGUGAUGUUAUGUUUUUUGAAAGUUUAGAGGAACCUCACAGAUCAGCAUUAGCAAGUUUUUUGUACUUGGUUGAUGCAACGUGUGAGAUCUUGCUUAUGCUUCUCUCCAGUUGAUGGUGUCUCAUAAAACGAAAGUUAAUGACAAGUAAACACCAAAAGACUGGGCAACUCGACAGUUAAAUCAGGUCAUGUUGGGUUCACAUACCACUAUGUCUAACUCAGGUUCACAUACUAGACCGAGUCAGGUUCACAGAGACGAAUCAGGGGCAACCCAGACUGUGGAUGCUUCAAGAACAGGCACGACACAAAUGGAUCAUAGAGAGCGUGCGCGUGCUAGCCAUCAGGAAUGGAGACAAUCGAUGAGUUCUACACAACAUGAAGCCUAUUUGGCACGGCGGCGAGCUCAUGCUAGGGGAAAGCGACUAGCCGUGGAAAAUGUAAGUGACCAUGGACAAGAGGCGGGCCCAAGUAAUAGGAAUAGGCUAGCUCCAGUACACUCCGACAACGAGAGCAUAAGUUCAAGAGUUUCAUCCUAUUCCCAAAACCAUGACCAAGAUGCUACAAGGGUGCGCUUGACCCACAUAAGACAAUUAGCCCGUUCGACUACGUCUCGACCGAGCAAUGUGGUUAUUCAGAAUUCUGUGCCUUACGAGAUGCCUAAUGUCACAAUGAAUAAUCACGAUGAGGACCACAAUAACAACGAGCAUAUGGUGAAUAAUCAUGAGGAUCAGAACAACAACACUGAGCUAGAGAAUAACCCACAGGAUCAGCGCAGCAGCAGUGUUGACCCAGUGCGGCGUACAAGGAGAGCAGUAGUAAAUUCAAACUGCGCUAGAGAUUUUAAUGAGGGAUGGGGUGUCCCAUUUUGUCGAUUGCCUGCACUAAGAACAUGUCCAUACUGCAAUGCACGGUUAUUUCAUCGAGAGACCUUCAAUUUGUGUUGUUCGAAAGGAAAUAUUGUUCUGCCUCUAAUACCCUCUCCGCCAGAGAUGAUCCAGCUCUUUUCUGACCAAACAGAUGUGGGUAGAAAAUUCAGACAAAAUAUCCGAGCCUAUAAUAAUGUGUUUGCGUUCACUUCAAUGGGUGUGCAUGUUGAUGAAUCCAUUAAUCUUCGAGGUCGUGGAAUUUAUACUUUUCGUGCACAAGGUUCUAUAUAUCAUAAGAUUGGUGGGCUUUUACCAAGUGAAGGGGCGAGACCACGAUAUCUACAAGCUUACAUAUAUGACACCGAGCAUGAACUUGACAAUCGAUUGUCUGAAAGUGUAGUUUUAGACAGGGCACUGGUUGAAAAGAUACAACAGAUAUUGAAUCACUAUAAUCCAUUUGUCCAUCAAUUUCGAAGCCUCGGACAGCGCCAAGACUUGCCCAAUUGCAGGCUCAUCAUAAGAGAGCAGCCUUCUAAUCAACGUCAGUAUUGUUUACCAUCUGCAUCACAAGUUGUUGCUAUUAUAGUAGGAGGGGGCGACAUCAAUCCGAAUGGAAGAGAUUUAAUUGUCCAAACAAUUAGUGGAAGACUCUGGAAUGUUAAAGACUCGGUCGGAUAUUACGACCCCAUGCAGUAUCCUUUGUUAUUACCUUAUGGAACAUAUGGGUGGGAUAUUAAUAGUCAUGAUGAGAAUGGAAGACCUAUGUCAUGUUGCGACUAUUAUGCAUAUAUGUUACAGAUGCGCCUAGGUGAUGAAAAUCCUCUACUUCGAGGCGGACGGCUCUUACAACAGUAUGUUGUAGAUAAUUACGUGAAAAUUGAAUCCCAAAAACUCAGAUGGCUUCGCAGUAACCAAGAUACAAUUAGGAAAGAAUUUUAUCAAGGACUUCAAGACUCUUUUAUUGCAGGGGAAAACAAUGCAGGUAACGUCGGUCAUAGGACAAUUCUGCCAUCAUCAUUUGUUGGAAGUCCACGUGAUAUGUACCAACGGUACCAAGAUGCGAUGGCUUUGGUUCAAAAGUAUGGCAGACCAGAUUUGUUUAUCACUAUGACGUGUAACCCGAAUUGGGAAGAAAUUAAAAGUGAGCUACUCCCUGGACAAACAUCACAAGAUCGUCCAGAUUUAGAGGUCAGGGUAUUUCGUUCAAAACUUGAGCAGCUAAAAGAAGACAUCAUCACCAAAGGGGUAUUGGGAAGAGUUAUUGCUCAUGCUUUUGUCGUUGAAUUUCAAAAACGGGGCCUACCACAUGUACACAUGCUGGUCAUGUUGGAUGAAAAUGAUAAGCUUAAUAACCCUGAAGAUUAUGACCGCAUUGUUAGAGCAGAAAUACCAGAUAAAGAUGAAGAGCCACAACUUUAUGAUCUGGUGUUGAAACAUAUGAUUCACGGUCCAUGUGGAACCUUAAACCAACAGUCUUCAUGUAUGAAGAAUGGGAGAUGCAAUAAAAGUUAUCCAAAAUCAUUUGUAAAUUUCACUGUGCAAGGAAACGAUGCAUAUCCUAUAUAUCGAAGACGAGCAAGUCGCUUACCAGUCCCUCUACGUAGAUCUGGAGACACAAUGGUGGAUAAUAGUUGGGUUGUUCCUUAUAACCCGUGGUUGUUGCUACGGUAUGAUUGUCACAUCAAUGUUGAAAUAUGUGGGAGCAUAAAGAGUGUCAAAUACUUAUAUAAGUAUGUCUACAAAGGUCCUGAUAGAGUUGCAGUUCAAGUGCAAUCUGACCCAGAGUUCGAUGAAAUAAGACAAUUUGUCGAUGCAAGGUGGGUUUGUGCACCAGAGGCUUUAUGGAGGAUAUUUAAAUUUGUAAUGAACAGAAUAUAUCCAACAGUCGACAGAUUACAAAUACAUCUUCCAAACAUGCAACAAAUCAGAUUCGAUGCAAAUGAGACUGUAGAAGACAUUCUAGCAGAUGAGCAUGCACAGAAGUCUAUGCUUACUGAAUAUUUCACCAUGAACCGUAUGGAUCCGGAAGCAAGACGAUAUCUGUAUCGAGAAUUCCCUCAAUACUAUAGGUGGGAUAGUAAGCAAAAAGCUUGGGUGAAAAGAAGGAACAACUACAAGGUAAUUGGAAGAAUAUACAGUGUUUCACCCUCUGAAGGUGAGAAAUUUUACCUACGUGUCCUUCUCAAUCAUAUAAGAGGACCGAGAUCAUUUCGUGAUUUGCUUACUAUUAAUGGAGUUCUGCAAACUACUUUUAAGGAAGCGGCAGAGAAACGAGGUUUGCUGGAAGAUGACAAUAGCAUCCGACAAUGUCUGUUAGAGGCCUCUGCAAUUAGAAUGCCAUCAGCUUUGAGAAGAUUAUUCGUCACAAUUUUGGUGUAUAGUCAACCAACUGGUGUUCGAAGAUUGUGGGAUGAAUUUUAUCCUUUCAUGAUUGAAGAUUAUUCUUCUUCAAGUGAUAUUGUCGAUAUUUCUGUCAGAAACAGGCUACUUCGAGAUCUAAAUAGAAUGCUAGAACAAUUUAAUAAGGGCACUGGAGAAUUUGAUCUGCCUGAAAUGACAAGUGAGCCAGAAGAUAGUCUAGGAAUACCGAGAUGUAUUGAAGACGAAAUUUCUAUAAAUAUCCCGCAAGAAGAUAUUGAUGCAAUUGACCACCUUAACAACGACCAAAUGAUUGCAUUCAACACCAUAAUGGCCGCAGUUGAGGGAGGAGAAAGUGCAUUAUUUUUUAUCGAUGGUCCUGGAGGUACUGGGAAGACGUACUUAUAUCGUGCAUUGCUAGCAAAGUUGAGAAGAAUGAAUCAUAUAGUCUUAGCCACAGCAUCAUCUGGAAUUGCUGCAAAUUUAUUGUCCGGCGGGAGGACAGCUCACUCUAGAUUCAAGAUUCCACUCAAUGUAGAUGCAUCAUCCGUGUGUUCCAUAAGUAAACAGUCUGCUCUAGCACGACUGAUACAAGAUUCCACUGCAAUUAUUUGGGAUGAGGCACCUAUGACACAUCGACAUGUGUUUGAAGCACUUGAUAGAACAUUUCGAGACAUAAUGGAUGUCGAAUUACCGUUUGGUGGAAAGAUAAUGAUUUUUGGGGGAGAUUUUCGUCAAGUUCUCCCUGUUAUUCCUAAAGGAACGAAGUCUGAACUCAUUCAAGCCUCCAUUGUGAAAGCAACAUUUUGGGCACAAACAAAGAUAUUGAGAUUGAGACAGAAUAUGAGAUCCAUAAAUGACCACCAAUUUGCAGAAUUUCUACUUCGUGUUGGCGAUGGAAGUGAACAAGUCAUUGACGACGAAAUGAUGAGAUUACCAGAACGCAUGGUGGUUCCAUGGGAAAGUGACCAAUCUAUCAAUCAAAUUAUUGAUGAAGUUUUCCCCAAUUUGGGUGAUCAUGUAAAUGAUGCAAGAUACAUGGUGGACAGAGCAUUGAUUACUCCUAUAAACGAUGAUGUGGACGUGUUGAAUGAAAAGAUAAUCAAUAUGUUUCCGGGUGAAGAAAUUACAUUGUACUCAUUUGACUCUGUUGAAGAUGACAUGAGAAAUUUGUACCAACCAGAGUUUCUGAACUCAAUAACUGCAGGUGGGCUGCCACCCCACAAGUUAACUUUGAAAGUAGGUGCUCCAAUCAUGCUUUUAAGGAAUAUUGACCCUAAAUUGGGAUUGUGUAACGGUACUAGAUUGUUGUGUCGUGGUUCGUACCAAAAUCUGAUUGAUGCUGAGAUACUAACAGGACAGUUUGCUGGGACUAGAGUUUUUCUACCUAGAAUUCCUUUGAAAAGUGCAGAAAAUGCUGGGCUACCAUUUCAACUAACAAGAAAGCAAUUUCCAGUCAAACUGAGCUUCUCUUUGACCAUAAACAAAUCUCAAGGUCAGACUAUCCCACAUGUAGGUGUUUACCUCCCAGAUCAUGUUUUUAGUCAUGGACAAUUAUAUGUUGCAUUGUCGAGAGGAGUAUCAGAGUCAACCACAAAAGUUUUGGUUAAAAAAGGAUCCAUAGUUGGUGAAGAUGGCGUAUUUACGAAGAAUGUAGUAUUUAAAGAAGUUUUGCUUCAUUCAAACACAAAUGAUCGAUCGUCUUCAUAGGAAUGGUUGAGACAGAAGCUUUAGGAGAUGUGUUUCCAUAUUUUCAUGUGGUUGGUGCACGAAAACAAUCAAUAAAAAUGAACACUUCUUAUCUCAGUAAACUUAUUUUCAAAGAGUGGAACAAAAAGAAGCAUACAGAGUAUGUUCUCUUAAGCUUUGUUUCUUUUCCAUUAAAUAUAUUUUUAUUUUUGUGGUAGUUAAUCAAUUCCAAUACUCUUAAUCUA